AUGUUUCGUUUUAUAACAUUUAUCAUAGUGUUGUUUCUUCAAAUAAUAAACCAUACAGUCUAUGCUAAGGAGAUACAAAUAGACGAGACAAACGGGUUGAUUAUAGAACUACAAAAGGUGAUAUAUGACAUCAAAGGACGUGUUAAUUCUUUAGAAACUGAAGUUGUUAACCUACGACACGAAAACAAUGAGCAGCAAGAACUGAUUGGACAGUUAAGAAACGAAAUAGAUAUACAAGGAAAAUCACUCAAUCGAGAAAUCAAAGAAGAGACAAAUCCUAGCAUAACCAACUCUGGCUUUAACACCAGCGACGCCAGUGUUCCAAGCGACGUAAAUAUAGCAAAUGUAUUUCCGCUCCAUCCGUUACCGCGUUCGAGACGCGCGGUGGCCAACAUCGCAUUUUCCGCCUACCUGACGCACACUCAAUCCCACCAAACAAACACAGCCGUCAGGUUCGACAAGGUGCUCCUGAACGACGGAAAUGGUUACAAUGCGUUCACAGGGGCGUUUACGGCGCCCCUUUCCGGUGUGUACAUGUUCUCUUUCCAUUUCGAUAGUCACACUCUCUCCUUCCUGCAGCUGGCCAUCAACGGUGUGAACCAGGUGGACGCUGUCGCCAACCGCCACGUGCUCAACGAUUUCAACGACCGGAAGGCGCAGUCCAUGGGAGGUAACACUUGCAUCGUGCACGUGGAUCACGGACAAGCGGUUCAGGUGCGAGUUUACGAAAUUCCGGAUGCUGAGGUCGCUUCAAGUAACACUUUCAGACUAUCGACUUUCUCUGGAGUGCUGUUGUAUUGA